CCAUAUACUUUAUCAGUUUAUUUUCCAUAAUUUUAUCUAAAUGCGAAGUGCUUUUUGUCUCUUGGUUCAAUUAGAAUGCCUUCUCUCCGCCAAGCUUUAUUACUUUCUUCCUCUAACUGUCAUGGCUAUUCAAUGCUAGAAUUUGCAAAACAUGAAAUAUGUUCAUUUCUUGAAAGAAACAAUGUAACAGAAUUGAUCUUUAUACCAUAUGCUCAAAAUGACUUUCAUGGGUACACAGCCAAAAUAAAAGAAGUAAUUGAUCCAUGGGGCUUUAACGUCACAGGUAUUCAUUCUUAUCCUGAUCCAGCAAAUGCUGUCAAUUCUGCUAAAGCUAUAUUCAUGGGAGGAGGCAACACGUUUUUGCUGCUAAAAAGACUGUAUGAACAUAAUUUAGUGGAACUCAUUAGAAAUAGAGUUAAUGAAGGUAACUUGGCUUACAUGGGCAGCAGUGCUGGUACAAACGUAGCAACAAAAAGCAUACACACAACUAAUGACAUGCCUAUAAUUUAUCCACCAUCAUUUGACGCAAUAGGAAUAGUUCCUUUUAACAUAAACCCGCAUUACAUAGAUAAAGUUGAAAGUGAAAAACAUAAGGGAGAAACAAGAGAUCAGAGGAUUUAUGAAUACAUGGAAAUGGAUCAUUGCUCUCCAGUUCUUGGUUUGAGAGAAGGUUCAAUGCUUUUGGUCAAUGGGGAAUCAUUGACUUUAAAAGGAGUGGCUGGUGCUACAUUGUUUUUGAAGGGCCAAAAGAAGACUGAUUACCCUGUAGGAGCUGAUUUAUCUUACUUAUUGAACUAAUAUUAAGACAAAUGAUUGAAAAAAAUUCUAUUUUAUUGAGUAAAUUUUUAUAUUUUAUUGUGUAAGAGAUGCUAUAUUAUAUUUUUAGACAUAUAAUGUGCAGAUAAUUGUGCAGAAUCAAAUAUUCCAAAUACAUGUAAAUUAUUUUCAUCUAUAUUU